CAAUAUUUCAUCUUCUCCAUUACGAAAUUAACGUAAAUUUUCAUUUGUAAAAUUCGUGUACCACAAAAUAUAGUAUAAAUAACUUUUUAAUAUAUUUUCUAUUUGUUUAUCCCACCGAAAACGCCGGUGUUUUGCGUAAUAUGUUUAAGUGCUAAACAUUCGUAGGAAUGGCAUCUGGGUCAAAAAAUGAUAUAGUUAAUAGACUAUUGAAUGUGAGACUCGAAGAGGGUGCUGGGGGUGAAGAUGCGCCGCCUCAGAACAUGUUGCCUUCUAACCAGCACGCGAGGCAAAUAGUUCUCGUGCAGGAGGAAGAGAACGGACAGGCGGUGGAGCAUAUCGCUUCCUCGUCAGCUAUAGAGAACCUGCAGCCCACGAACAACAGUGGCGGACGCCUACACAACUGGCAAGCGACUAAGACUACCGUCAAAGAACGCUUGUCGUUCCUAUUCAACAAUGAGAUACUUUGCGAUGUCCAUUUCAUUGUGGGCAAAGAUGCGAACCAGCAAGUUAUUCCCGCGCAUAAAUUUGUGUUAUCUGUGGGUAGUGCUGUGUUCGAUGCGAUGUUCAACGGUGUUUUAGCUACGAAAUCUGAUGAGGUUGAAUUACCAGAUGUGGAACCUGCAGCUUUUCUUCAUUUGUUAAAGUUUCUGUACUCCGAUGAAGUCAGGAUCGGCCCGGAGAGUGUUAUGACGACACUCUAUACAGCAAAGAAGUAUGCAGUGGCAGCUCUGGAGGAGCAUUGUGUGGACUUCCUUAAAAGUAAUUUAGGUACAGAUAAUGCAUUCUUACUGUUGACACAGGCACGUCUGUUUGAUGAGCCACAGCUGGCUGCUCUGUGCUUGGAGAUGAUUGAUAAGAAUACAGCUGAUGCUUUGAAUGCUGAGGGAUUCACUGAUAUAGAUCAGGACACUUUAAAUGCAGUUCUUGAGAGAGACACACUUAGAAUUCGUGAAGCCAAAAUAUUCUCAGCUGUUUUACGAUGGUCGGAAGCAGAAUGCAUUCGGCGUCAACUCCCUGUCACUCCUGCAAAACAGCGAAUGGUUUUAGGCCGUGCUUUCAACGCUAUAAGGUUCCCGUUGAUGUCUGUAGAAGAAUUUGCAAUGGGACCGGCACAGAGUGGGUUAUUGGACGAUAGAGAAAUUGUCCAACUGUUCCUGUACUUUACGGUGAAUCCGAAACCAAAUGUAGGUUUUUUAGAUACGCCACGGUGCUGCAUGACGGGUAAAGAGCUAACUGUGAACAGAUUCCCUCAGACGGAGUCCCGAUGGGGCUACAGUGGUACCACAGAUAGAAUUAGAUUCACAGUGGAUCAGAGAAUAUUUGUAGUCGGUUUUGGAUUGUAUGGAUCAUAUUUUGGGCCUACUGAAUAUGAAGUGCAUUUACAAAUAAUCCACCUAGGUACAAAGAAGGUAUGCGGUUCGAAUACAACGACUUUUUGUUGCGACGGCACUGACGACACCUUCAGAGCUAUGUUCAAGGAGCCUGUCGAAAUACUACCAAACACAUCUUAUAUAGCCAGCGCCAAACUUAAGGGCACAGAUUCGUACUACGGCACCAAAGGAUUGCGAUGUGUCACAGUUGACUGUAACAACGGCGAAAAGGUUGUAUUCCAAUUCUCUUACGCCGCCGGUAAUAACAAUGGAACAUCUGUGGAAGACGGUCAGAUUCCCGCCAUUAUAUUCUAUAUUUAAAAGUAAUAAAAAAAUAUAGAAAAUUUUGGCGGGAUUUUAUGGUUGUGGAAUGUAUGCUGAAUUGGAAACUUCAGGUUGGGAAAUUUAGUCAGUGUGUUUUAGUUAAAAGUCAGGAAAAUUCUUAGGUUAUUUACUGUUUGAUAUCAUUAUUGGAAAUUCACUAUUCUGUAUAUAUACACUAAGGUGUCUUUUCGUUGUCAUAUUUUGAUAGAAUCUCGUAUAUAUUUUUUUUAAUUAUAAAAUAUCCAAAGAAAAUUAUAAACACAAUAAUAAUAAUGUAUGGUAUGUUCUUGGCGCCCUCGGUGGUCUAGCGGUUUAACAUACCACCUUACUUCCGAUGGUCGCGGGUUCGAUUCCUCGCACGGCACAAACAUUUGUAUUCAUGAGUAUGAUUGUUUGUGUCGGUCUGGGUGUUCUAUAUGUAUAAUAUGUAUGUAUAUACGAAAAAAUAUAUGUAUCUAUGUAUUUGUAUCAGUUAUCUAGUACCCAUAGCUCAAGCUUUAGCCAGCUUAACUUGGUUCUAGAUGGCGCUGUGUGAAUUGUCCUGAGAUUA